GCUCUGAUUUAUUUUUACACGCUGAAUCCAGUCGUCUUCUCUUUUUACAUCACUGCUAUAUGUGAAACUAAAGGUCAGAGGUCAUGGAGGAGCAGAGUGGGUCACCGGGGGCCAACACAGACAACAGCAGCCAGCGCAAUGGAGAGGAGAAAUCUCGCAGAAGCAGCUGGACCAAAGGCAGGAGGAGGAAGAAGCCACUGAAGGACAGUAACGCCCCCAAAGCCCCCUUAACAGGAUACGUGCGCUUCAUGAAUGAGCACCGCGAGCAGCUGAGGGCGGAAAGACCAGACAUGCCUUUCCCAGAGAUCACCAGGAUGCUCGGGAAUGAGUGGAGCAAACUGCCUCCGGAAGAGAAACAGCGCUAUCUGGAUGAAGCGGACAAAGAUAAGGAGCGCUACAUGAGAGAACUGGAGCAGUAUCAGAAGACUGAAGCCUAUAAACACUUCAGCAGGAAGGUGCAAGAGAAACAAAAAGGAAAGAGACACAGAGGAGAUGCUGGAAGGCAGGUGCCUGGUGAAUCACUUCAUGAGAAGGAUCUCGAGAUAAAGGAUCGCUCUGUGUUUGAUAUUCCCAUCUUCACUGAAGAGUUUCUGAAUCACAGUAAAGCACGUGAGGCUGAACUGCGGCAGCUGAGAAAGACGAAUAUGGAGUAUGAAGAGCGUAACGCGGCGCUGCAGAAGCAUGUGGAGAGCAUGCGUUCUGCCGUUGAGCGCAUGGAAGGAGACGUGCAGCAGGAAGGCACGCGAAACAGCCUCCUGCAGCAGCAUCUGGACACCCUGCGCUCGGCCCUCACACACAGCUUCUCUGCCGUCCCCCUGCCCGGCAGCGGCGAGACGCCCACACUCGAUUCCAUCGACUCCUACAUGAAGAAGCUUCACGGCAUCAUUCUGUCCAACCCACAGGAGCACCAGCACCUGCUCAGCACUGUCAGGGAUGUGGUCAACCGCCUCGACAGGUAGCUGCACACCACACUAUUCCUGCUUUCUCUGUGAAUAUUAACCAGAGUGUGAUAAUGCACUGCUCUGAUUCACCCACAGGUAAUUGAGAGGCCCCACCCCUCGUGCAGUAGCCCCUCCUAUCCUGCUAUGACCACAUUUUGUGUCAAGCAAUUAUUCAAUUGUUUCCUAUUAUUUAUUUUUUUACAAUGCUGUUUUUAUCUGCUUAUUUUUAUUUUUUU